CCCGAGGUGGGAUCUCUGGUCAUUCCUGUUUCGUUUAACCGCGGCCAGGGGAGCAGCGUUCACCCCGAGUGCCGAUUUCACCUGGAAAUACAGCAGGAAGAAACAAAAUGUGCGGAACUUCUGGGGGCGCAGGCAGGAGAGCACAGAGGUAAGUGGGUGCGGGAGGACCCCACCCCGGUGCUCACACCCCGCCCGGUCCCUGCUCCUCAGACCUUCCCGGCACGUUCAGGGAAUCGCUGCAGAAGCUGGCACCGGGGUCAGCGGGUCUCCGGGCAGCCUCCGCGGCCCGGUGGUCAGCGGCCCGGUGGCCAGCGCCCCUCACCUAGGCCCCCCCGCAGGCUCCCCCGUGGCACCCGCCGGCCUGUGGCCACCGCACUGACCAGCACAGGGAACAUCAGCAAGAACUGCACGAGCCAGGGCUGGUCGGACACGUUCCCCGACUUCAUGGACGCCUGCGGCUACCAGGAGCCUGAGGACGACGGCAAGGUGGCGUUCCUGGAGCUGGUGAAGGCCGUGUACACGCUGGGCUACGGCGCCUCCCUGCUCUCCCUCGCCGCCGGCAGCGCCAUCCUGUGCCUCUUCAGUGACCGCGGAAACCACAGCGCACCCCGGUCCUGCUCCCUGGGCUCCCCACCUGCUGCCUGCAUUCCCGCGUGGGCGCCCGUGGCCGGGAGACUGCUGCUGGCAGGCAGCCAGCGCUGGGCCUGCAGCGGCCACGGCAAACAGCCUGGACAGCGGGCCCGGGCCGGCCCACGCGUGGCGACUGGGCAUCUCUCCGCAGGCGUCCCCGCAGUCUGCAUAGGCGCGUGGACGGCAGCCAGACUGGCCCUGGAAGACACGGGCUGCUGGGACACCAGCGAGCACAGCGUCCCCUGGUGGGUCAUCCGGACGCCGAUCCUGGUUUCUAUCCUCGUCAACUUUGCGCUCUUUGUCAGUAUCCUGCGAAUUUUACUGCAGAAGCUGACGACCCCAGAGGUCGGCGGCAGCAACCAGUCGCAGUACAGGAGGCUGGCCAAGUCCACCCUGCUGCUCAUCCCGCUCUUCGGCGUCCACUACAUGGUGUUCGCCGUGUUCCCCGUGGGCAUCUCCGCCCAGUACCAGAUCCCGUUCGAGCUCUGCGCCGGCUCCUUCCAGGGCCUGGUGGUGGCCGUGCUCUACUGUUUCCUCAACAGCGAGGCCUGCCGGCCGGCCACCUGA